AUGUUUCUCCUUUGCGAUCGUAUCACGUAUGGAGGUAGCUGGCCAGUAGUGCACAAGACGUCGUCAAAUACACGAAGCCAGCUAUCGUCUCGACGGAAACGUUCACAGCGAAUGCUUCUCGCUGAUGAUUGGUGGGGAUGGGCAAAAUGGCUGACGGUGAGCACAAUCAUAAUCGGCAGCAUCUCGUAUAUGGGAUAUUUGGUGACACCAGAUUGGCGUGAGAUUGUCGACAGCAAACAUUAUUACUCGAAUUGGAAGAUUCGUACGUACUUAUCCUUACCAUUUAAUGCGGCUUCCCGCUUGGUUGGAGGUAUAGCGAAUCGGGAGAUUCCCGUAUGGUUACGAGAACCGCUACUCGGAUUCUUUGCACGUAUGUAUGACUGUCGAAUGGAUGAGGCUGUUAUGCCGGAUUUUCGGGUAUCACCAGCGGACGGAGUGGUAUUACAUUAUGGCAAGGUAGAGGAUGGAAAGAUUGAAUAUGUGAAAGGUCAUGACUAUGAGGUAGCAUCGUUCCUCGGUGAUGUCGAGAUGACGCAGAGGGACGAACUCGAUCUUUAUCAAGUGGUCAUAUACCUUGCACCGGGUAACUAUCAUGCUUUCCACUCACCUACG